AUGCCCCGAAAUCCCCCAACGUUCCUGACACUUCCCGUCGAACUCCGCCUCGAGAUAUAUACGCACCUUCUCGUGCUCCCGCCGCCGCCACCCCGAGAAACACUCCAAGCCACCUACCGUUGCUCCUACGCCGCCUCGCCCUUGAGCUCCUCUCCCACAAAAACGAACCCCAAACCGACUCUACACCCUGAAAUCCUGCGGGUCAACAGCCAAGUCUACCACGAAGCCCUCCCCGUCCUGUACAGCCAAAACACCUUCUCCGCCCACCCCGUCCGCCUCACCGCGCAGCCAAGGCUUUACCACCCAUACUGCACCCCCUGCCGGCCGAUCGCGACCCUCCUCGGGACCAACUUCGCCCCGACCACAAUCCCCAACCAAAAAGCCCCCCUUUCCACCACCAACCCAAACACCCACCUAAUUAGAAAAUGGCAUCUCCGCCUGCGCCUCGACGCCACGCCAGCAACAAACCCAGCAGCAGCAUCCGAACCCAGCACCAACAACAACAUCAUUAACGGCGACAGCGACACCACCAUGUCCGCGAGGCUCGGCGCAUCCUUCAGCCACGCCGACGCCCUCACGUUGGAGCUCUGGCGCGGGAUGCCGGCGACCCGCACACGCACCCCCGCCCCCACCCCCAACACCAACACCAACACCAACAGCGACGCGGACGCAGACCCCGCCGCCAGCGCCGACGACGACAUCGGCGUCGAGACCCUCCGGCCGUUCGAGCACGUCCGCGGCGUGCGGCGCGUGCAGAUCGUUGGCGCGACGGCCGGGCUCGAGGCAUAUGUCGCACGAUUGCGGGGGCGGAUGAUGACGGCGGCGGCGGUUGGGAACGGGAGGGAGGGGUCGAACGCAUCUAUUGCCAUCUACCUCUAGCCCGCCUAUCUGUAUGGGUGUAUCUGUGUACGGUGUCUAUGGCACGCGCCCCCAUCUUUAUCUAAGGCCCCUGUUCACUGACACAAGAAGACGCAGCUCGUCUGAGAAAUAGAUACACGAAUACACGACAACAAGCCAACGGGUACCCAUCAUCGCCCUUUUCAUCAGCUAGAUCGCUCAAAAAUGAGAGAGAAGAAAAGAUUGACCCAAGAAAAGAGACAAAGCCAAAAAAAAAAAAAAAAAAAAAGGAAAUCACAACCAUGGAAAAUACCAGUAACGCCUGCUGCCGUGAUGCAUGCCAUACAAAUCGUCUUGUCUUGGAAACGGCCGUUUCCGUCUCCCGGGUAGAUCGUUGAUGCCAAUGCAGGUGCAGACAAGAUCCAUGCUACCCUCCCGCCUGUGAAAUUAAAGAUCGGAUGACGGUGCUGCGUGGUGGUUGGCGGGCCGCGUUAUUUGGCUAAUGUGUACAAGUCGCUGGGC